AUGGUGAAAAUGGCGGCGGUGCCGGAGCCGCCGAGUGACGGGCCGAGCCCGAGUCCCGCUGUCUCCGCGGCGCCCACCUCUACCCCGACUCCCACCCCGGCCCCCGCCGUCGCCGCUGCUUCUCCGGCGCCCUCGCCGUCGCCCAGCCCGUCGCCAACGCUGGCGGUGAAGACGGAGACGGCGGAGAGCCCGGGGGAGGGAGGCAGGCCGGCGGCGGGUCCCGGCCCCGAGCUCAGCGAGCGCCAGACCUUGCUCGCCGUGCUCCAGUUCCUGAAGAAGAACCGCUUCCGCGAGGCCGAGGAGACGCUGCGGCGGGAGGCCAGCGUGCAGGAGGCGCUGGACGAUGCGAUGAGAACGGCCGGUCCCCGCGGCCCCGAUUCAGUGCACCAGCCCGACGUCAGUUCGGUGCUGUCGGCCUACAGCAACCAGGGAGACCCCAGCCUCUACGAGGAGUACUACAGCGGCCUGAAGGCUUUCAUCGAGGCGGCGCUGGACGCGCUGAAAGCCGAACUGGCCAGCUUGCUGUACCCGGUGUUCGUGCAUCUGUACCUGGAGCUGGUCUACAACGAGCACGAACGUGAGGCCCGGCACUUCUUCCAGAGGUACCAUGGAGAUCAGGAAGGUUACUACCAGGAUGACCUGCGAGUGCUGGCUGGGCUAUCCAAGAAAGAACACAUGCAGGGUAACGAGACGGUCCUAGACUUCCGCACCAGCAAGUUUGUGCUGCGCAUCUCGCGCGACUCCUACCAGUGCCUGAAACGCCACCUGCAGGAGAGGCACAACAACCAGAUCUGGAACAUCGUGCAGGAGCACCUGUUCAUCGACGUCUUUGACGGCAUGCCCAGGAGCAAGCAGCAGAUUGAGUUAACGUCUGGAGGAAUGGCAGGCGAGGCCAAGAGGGAGGCCAAUAAAACCAAGGUGUUCUUCGGGCUGUUGAAGGAGCCUGAGAUUGAGCUGCCUCUCGAUGACGAAGAUGAGGAAGGAGAAAAUGAGGAGGGGAAACCGAAGAAGAAGAAGCCAAAAAAGGACAGUCUAGGAGCAAAGAGCAAGAAGCAGGACCCCAAUGCCCCUCCACAGAACAGAAUUCCGCUUCCUGAGCUAAAAGAUUCUGACAAGCUGGACAAGAUAAUGAUAAUGAAGGAAGCUGCAAAGAGGGUGAAGCUUGGUCCAGACUGUCUACCUUCCAUCUGCUUUUACACCUUCCUAAACGCCUAUCAGGGUCUCACUGCAGUUGAUUUCACGGAUGAUUCCAGUCUGAUAGCGGGUGGAUUUGCUGAUUCCACCGUCAGAGUGUGGAGCAUUACACCGAAGAAGCUGCGGAGCGUCAAAGGGGCCACAGAUCUCAGUUUAAUCGACAAGGAGUCGGAAGAUGUGCUGGAGAGGAUAAUGGACGAGAAGUCUGCCUGCGAGUUUAAAAUGUUGCUAGGACAUGGUGGCCCUGUGUAUGGGACCAGCUUCAGCCCCGACAGGAAUUACCUUUUGUCCAGCUCAGAGGAUGGGACGGUGAGGCUAUGGAGUCUGCAAACCUUCACCUGCCUUGUGGGUUACAAGGGACACAACUAUCCAGUGUGGGACACACAGUUCUCUCCCUAUGGCUACUACUUCAUUUCAGGAGGUCAUGAUCGUGUGGCACGGCUCUGGGUGACAGAUCACUAUCAACCUCUGCGAAUAUUCUCCGGUCAUCUCUCGGAUGUCACCUGCACGAGAUUUCAUCCCAACUCCAAUUAUGUAGUCACUGGAUCUGCAGACCGGACCAUCCGGCUGUGGGAUGUUCUAAAUGGCAACUGCGUCCGAAUCCUCACUGGACACAAGGGGCCGAUCCACUCGCUGGUGUUUUCUCCAAGCGGCAGGUACCUGGCCUCAGGUGCCACAGAUGGGCGUGUGUUGCUGUGGGAUAUCGGGCACGGGCUUCUUGUGGGAGAGCUGAAGGGUCACACUGACACUGUCUAUGCCCUGAAGUUUAGCCGUGACGGGGAAAUCUUAGCAUCAGGGUCCAUGGAUCAUACUGUGAAAAUGUGGGAUACGGUGAAAGCCUUCGAGGACCUCGAGACGGAUGAUUUCAGCACUGCUACUGGGCACAUUAACUUGACUGACAACUCACAGGAGUUGCUGCUGGGCUCCUACAUGACCAAAUCUACGCCCGUUAUCGGCCUGCACUUCACCCGCCGUAAUCUGCUAUUGGCCGCAGGGGCGUACAAUCCACAGUGACAGGUCCUCCCCACUGCUGGCUCAGCCCACCCCAUCAGGAAUGGAAGCUAUUCCAAUUCUUGUUCCCCAGUCCCCACAUCGUUCUCAGAAUGAACAAAGGGUGCAGAUAUUUUCACGGUAUCCGUGGCAUUCUCAUAUUUAGCCCCAUCCUCCCCAUCAGCUUAUGCCAAGGUGGUACAUUUGCGACAUAUUGCCGCACUGAGACGUUUUGCAGUAAUGUGAAUGAACAGGGAUGUUCCUUUUUUUUUUAAAGUUUUGAUGAAAUUUACAAUAAAACACUGAAAUCAGAUGUUUAAUGGAGUUUGUAUGGCACCCCGAGAAACUUUCUGCAAAGAUGCACAUUUUCCCUUUGCAAAGAAAGAUCUGUCAAUGUUUUAGAGACUUCUCUUCCUGUAAAUAUCCCUCCGUCAGGUCACUCCAAAAAAGCACAGCCACCAAGACAGUAUGGAUUAGACUUGGUUGCAGUCUCGUGCAUAUAAUGCAAGAGAGCCCCACACUCAGAGCUAGGGCAAUGUGAUGGUUCUGAACUGGAACCCCCAAAGUCAAAGAAGCAGACCCUUCAGCCCAAAUGGUGCAGUUCCUAUCAAGACACCCAUCUAAGAGUUCCAUUUGCCCACGUUUGGCCUAUUAACAAACAGUAACCCCUAAACUUUCCCUAACCAUUAGUUAAUGUGAAACUACUUUGGACAUCUUACUGAAGUAUCAACACCAAAGGAUCAGUAGAACAUCUUUAUAGCUGUCUUGGAAUAAACCAAGCUUGUGUUUUUUUUCAAACCUGCUUUGUACAGAUGAAGAUACUAACUGGAGUUCUGGAUUUCCCUGUGACUUGUUCUUCCAUUGCUUUGGGUGGAAAAACUUAUGGAAGUAAGGCUUAUUAACCAUUACCAACCUAUUCAAUGCUGGUAAUUUCACAUCAAAAUCAGUGUUCUGAAGCAACAGUCAGUACUGGAACAUUGCAGUAACAUGGCAGUUAAAACAAUGCUUUACAGUAGUAGCUGUAAGAUUCCUGCUGUUGUCUGCAAGGAGUGUGUUCUCACUGGCCACAUGGGUUUCCUCCUACAUUCCAAAAACACAUGGGUUAAGAUUACUAAGUUGUGGGCAUGGUACCUUGGUACCAGAAGCAUGGUGACUUGAGCUGCCCCCAGUGAAUUUGAUGCAAAGCAAUGCAUUUCAUUGUAUAUAUAACAGAGCAAAUCUUCACUGUUGAAAAUGGAGUCAAGAUUGUAUAGAUGCUGGAAAUCUAGAGUAAAACAUAAAAUGCUGGAGGAACUUGACAGAUCAGAGAGAAAUUAUAGAUAUUUCAUUUCCCUCCAUAGAUGCUGCUUAGUUCCUCCAGCAUUUUAUGAAUGUUGCACUGUCCAAAAAAAGCCUCUAGUUAAAGCUGCAGGGUUGGUGUUUAGUUACUCUGUGCAACUUUCACAUUAAUCGUGAUGAUUUAUAGGGACUUGAAUAGGUGCAGGUUUAAUUAGAAUAGUUGUGUAGUAAGACACGUGGGUGAACAGACUGAUGGAAACAGAACUAGGCAAGGCAUUGGUUCCCACAAAGCAGAGCCAGACUGCCAGUGUAAUAAUCAAUGUACAGGGUCUGGCUAGACAAAGUGUUGUUAGUUUUUUGCCAUUUUUCCAGUCCAUUCAUAAAUCUCCCAAUGAACAAGGAACUUCUGCAAAAGACCUUUGUCCUGUAGUUGUACGGGACCAGAGCUUG